CGUUGAGAGAGUGUCGUUGCGAGGCACCAGACCCUGAUAUUCCCCAAAAUUAACACUUGAGACUACAUAUCAUCGCCACAACGAGUGUUUAUUUGUAAAGUGAAUAAGCGAUCGAACCCAGCUAUGAUUGACUCUGAACGGGGUGGGCUUCAAUUAGUGGCGUACCUAAAUAAUUGUCUUCUGUCGCAAGAUUAAGCUUGUGAAACGAAGCGGAAAAUAAACAAUAAGGUUUUUCAUCAAAUUGGACAGUGCAAGAAUAGGCGAAUGAAGUGACACAUUUGGAUUUUCAUUCCAGCGAUAAGAAUAGAACAUAGUGUGACUUGUGGAGUGUGAAUAUUCGUCAUGAGAACAACGAUAAUGGCAACUUUUGCAUUUAUUUUUACAACCAUCGCAACUGCGGCCAUAUUCGCUGAAGGCAAGUCAAGUCAAUCUUCGGACUCAAAGGCGGAGUACAACAAUGAGCUCAACUUUCCGCGCUUCGCCGAACCCAUUCCAAAUAUCACCGUGUCAGUGGGUCGUGAUGCACUUCUGGCGUGUGUUGUGGAUAAUCUGAAGGGCUACAAGGUGGCAUGGGUUCGAGUGGAUACCCAGACAAUUCUAUCCAUUCAUCACAACGUCAUCACGCAAAAUCCCAGGAUUACGCUCUCCUACAACGAUCACAGAUCGUGGUAUCUGCAGAUAAAGGAGGUGGAGGAGAACGACAGAGGGUGGUACAUGUGCCAAAUCAACACAGAUCCCAUGCGAUCGAGGAAAGGCUACCUGCAGGUCGUCGUGCCACCAGUGAUCCUGGAGCAGUACACCAGCAACGAUAUGGUGGUGCGAGAGGGCUCAAAUGUAACGCUAAAUUGCAGGGCGAGGGGAUAUCCUGAGCCAUACAUCAUGUGGCGUCGAGAGGAUGGCAGUGAAAUGUCCAUCGGCGGCGAAAAUGUGGCCGUAGUUGAUGGAGAAGUGCUGUCGAUUGUGAAAGUGAGUCGACUCCAUAUGGCGGCUUAUUUAUGUGUCGCCUCCAACGGGGUGCCACCGUCAGUGAGUAAAAAAUUGGAGCUCCGUGUUCAGUUUCCGCCCAUGCUGUCGAUUCCCAAUCAGCUCGAGGGCGCAUACACUGGCCAGGAUGUCACCCUGGAGUGCCACACGGAAGCAUAUCCGGCAUCGAUAAAUUAUUGGACGACAGAUCGCGGAGAUAUGAUAAUAUCAGACACUUCCCGCGCAGGAGACAAAUUCGAGACGCUGUCCAUCAGCAACGGCUACAGCAAGUACAUGAAACUGAAGAUUCGCAGUGUCGGCGCCAAGGACUUUGGCUCGUAUCGAUGCGUGGCGAAGAAUUCACUCGGGGAAACAGAUGGUCUCAUAAAGCUCGAUGAAAUUCCCGCUCCAACAACCCCAAUGACAACGGAAAUCUAUCAGUUGAAUCGGUCACGGGUGAAGAAUCGAAAGAAGUACGAUUUCGUCACCAUUGGCGACUAUGGUGUGGAGGAGUGGCGCGAUAACAAUGACUACAAUGGGGACUUUUCGUUGCCAUCGCGAGGUCCGCCACCCAUUCGGCAUCCACCAGGUGCAUAUCAUAACAGCUCCCAUUCACCGCUGCUCACCACACCAUCCACUUGCCUCGUGAUACUCGCAAUCCUUCUCGCCGCCAUGAAUGCGAUGCUCCUGAGAUGAGAACAUUCCUCACCAGCGGCCACAGAGCAGCAUUUUGCCACACUCUUCCCGUAAGUUCAUCACAUUUCCUCCAUGGUUGCAUUCAGUGAGGGCGCAUAAGCAGAGGAAUUUGAGUCAAACUCAUCUUCAUGCACAGUUUAUUUGACGAUGAAGGCAUUAACCCGUAAAAAAAAAUGAUGGAAAUCUUAUAAAUAAGUGACAAAUCUCUGUUGAAGCUCUUGAUGAAAAAACAGUCAUUUCUUUCUGCGGUGCUAAAGUGUAAUUUAAUAUUGAUUAUACCGAGACGUAAAUAGUUAAGAGAUGUCCUACUGAGGAGGGUUAUUUGGGUUUUAAGUGAUCUCUUUUGUACUACUCUCCCAAAGCAUCAUUCUUUAAACCUAUUGUCAAUUCAUGAGGGCAGAAGGGAUGUUUGUAUAAAUUUGUGAUUACCAUUCUAAAAGAUAAUCCGUGUAGCUUCAUUUAGAAGACCAUCAAAUGAGUACUUGUUAGAUGACACACCCGGCCAGACAUUUCUUUCUAUACUUCGUCCCUCCCCUACAUAGGAAUAUACUAUGUUGACAGAGGAUCUAACCAGACUGUUAUUUCACAACACAUAAAAUAAAGGAAAUGCUAUAGCAAUUUUUCUUCCGGUAAUAAACGAAAAUGAAAGUUAUAGUUGUACUAGAAAUAUCAUUGACUCCUUAUACAUAAAACAUUUAAAGGCUUUGUAAAUUGUAAAUAAUAAAUGAGGUAUAUAUUUA